GCUCAGGGCUGGGCGGGGGUCGUGGCGGGCACCCGAAAAACCACACCGGGUUUCCUGGCGGAGAAAUACGUGCUGGGGGUGGGGGGUGCGGACCCCCACCGGGGAGGUUUGGGGGACCUCAUCCUGCUCAAGAACAAUCACCGAGCGCUGGCGGCGGCAGCGGGGGGGCUCGAGCAGUUUGGGAGGGAAAUUGGAGGGAUUGGGCAUCGAUCUGGGGCUCCCCCUGACCCCCCUGUUCCCCAGAUGAUUUUGGGGGUGCGCCGGGCCGGGGGCUUCACCCGCUGGUUGGAGGUCGAGUGCUCGAGGGUGGAGGAGGCGCUGGCGGCUGCGGGGGCUGGGGCUGACAUCAUCCUGCUGGACAACCUGGCCCCACAGGAGCUGCACACGGCGGCGGCGCAGGUCAAGGCUGCACACCCCGGGGUGAUGGUGGAGGCCAGUGGGGGCAUCGUUUUGGAGACCCUCCCCCAGUUCUUGGGGCCCCACAUUGAUGUGGUGUCCAUGGGGUGUCUGACCCACAGUGCCCCGCCCUGGACUUUGCACUGCGGGUGCUGGAACCCUAAAAUCCAUCCCAGGACCCUGAAAACCCACCCUAUAACCCCCAAAAUCCAACCUGGGACCUACAAAAACCUACUCCAGAACCCCAAAACCCAACCUGAGAUGCCCAAAUCAAUCCCAGGGAGAACGAAACUCACUGUGAAACUCCAAAAUCCACCCUGGGAAUCCUCACACCCCAAAGGUCCCUCUGCCGAGGGAACUGUAAAAUCUGGCACUGAGUCUUCCCAUCUGCCAGAGGCACCAAUGCCUGAGACCUCCCCGCAUUCUGGGACUCCAAAAUCCAUCUUGGGACCCACAAAAUCUAUUUUGGACCCCAAAAUCUAUCUUGGAACCCUUAAAUCAAUUCUGGGAUCCCAAAAAUCCACCCUGGGCCCCUCCAAAACCUACCCUGGGACCCCCAAAUCUCCCCUCAGACCCCACAAAGCCCACCCUGGGGAUCCCAAAUCUCCAUCCUGGGGUCCUCCCACUCACCUCCCCCCUCUAAGGUGGACCCAAAAUUCCAUCCUGAGGUGUCCCCUUCCCCCUUUUCUCUUUGUACCCCCAAAUAAACCCCUGCCUCACUCCCCCAUGUCCCUCCAGUUUUUUCAGGGUGCCACCCUCAAAACCCUCAAGUUUUGCACUUGAUGGAAAACCAGCCACUUUAUAACCAACAAAAGGGGGGGUUUGUGACCACUGACCUGUUGAGCCCCUACUCCAAACCAGUGUCAGUUCUGCUGCUCUGUCUGGGCCUUUUGCAAGGAACUCCCAUCUCCUCCCAGAGUAACUGGAAUGAAAAAUAAAAAUUCUUUGCCUUGCUGUGGGAAUUUGCACCUGGGGAAUGAGCCCAUAGUUGGGACAAAAGUUUAAAGGGCUCAGACCCAGUUGAGGGGUCCCAGAUCUCACUUCAAGGGUCCCACACCCAGCUGGAGAAUCCCAAACCCCUCUUUGAGGGCCACAAACUCCAGG